AUGUUACACCACCCACAACUUAUUGCCAAUAUCAAGGCCUUUAAACUGCAGGCGUGUGCAAUUCCACUUCCGCACCGCGAAGAAGAAAGGCAUGAGAUUUGGAAAGUUGUUUCGGUAUUCUUGUCUUCUUUACCGGAGCUCAAAGCCAUUGUUUUGGAUCUACCACCUCUCAUGCCAGAGCACUUGAAGCACGUCCUCGCACCGGACCUCGUCGUGGAGCCGGUUCCCUUGAAUACGCCUACUCAGCGGAGAAGGCGUCGAAAGCUGCACCAAUUGAGGUUAUGGCUCAGACGUCUCUUCGGGUCGAAACGCCUGAGGGAGGAUGGCGAUGAUGCAGUCGAAGCUUUUACUCUCCCGCAAAUCGCAAAUUUGGAGUUGACUCUGCAAAGUUUGUAUGUCAGCUCUAACUCGGCAUGGUUCCUCCCAUACUGCCGAGGUUUAGAGACGUUCUCCUGUCUGGAUGGGCAGACCUACUUUGGAUGCAACGCUUUCCUACAGCAGCUCUCCCAUUCCCGAGAGACACUCGUCUCUUUUGUCAUUAAGACGCCCGUCCAUGACGUGAAUGUGCCAGACAUAUCAAAGCAGCUGACCAAUGUCGAAACUAUAGCCGUUUAUCCGCCGAGGUCAACUGUCGUGACUUGGUUCGGCUCUGUUUUCCAGACCUUGGAUGAAGAGGGUCUCGUGGAAGCUAUCCCUUGUUUCCAACAAUGUCCUAAACUCCGUUCACUCGUUUUCAUCGAUGCGCCAAGUGGCGAUUUGUUUGAGGAUCAGACGCCUUCCAAAGACAUUCAAGAAGCAAUAGUCACACUAGGGAGGGGCAACCCCACCCUUCAAUCCGUGCGACUCGGCCCAUGGCUCUUCCUUCGCGAGAAGGAUUGGGACUAUAUGGUCAGCUACUGCCUGGACGCCUCCCGAGGAUAUCAAGUGUUUUGA